GUGAGCGAGUGAGUGCGUGUGAGUGUGCGUGCUUGUGCGUGUGCGUGCGAGUGUGUCCGUGUGCGCUUGCAUAUCUGCUUUUAAGGCUUUACCCGUGCUGAAGCAACUGCCUCCCACCCCCGAAUAUUGAUGAAAAAAGUGAGCAUGUUCUUCAAUCGAAUGCCGUUGCUCAGUUGCUUUAGCGGUACUAGCGAAAGCUGCGAGGAGCUGUUGCCAUUGAGUGGGGCCAUGCGCAAGGAACCCGUUAUAUUGAAUGUCUACGAUUUGUUUGCCAUCAAUGAGUAUGUAACGCCACUUGGUUUGGGCAUCUUUCAUACUGGCAUUCAGGUCUACGGCACGGAAUAUACUUUUGGCGGACAUAGCUUAAGUAAUACGGGCAUCUUUGAGCUUGCGCCGCGCAGUGCUCAACAGGAGCUGGGACAAAAUUUCCGCUACCGUGAGAGCAUCCACUUGGGCCACACUCAUCUCAGCCGCGACGAGGUGCGUCGCAUUGUGGAGCAAUUGGGCUGGCAAUUCACUGGCAACAGCUAUCAUCUGACCAGCCACAAUUGCAAUCACUUCUCGGAUGCCAUGUCGCGGAUUCUGUGUGGCCGGCAGAUACCUGGUUGGAUCAAUCGCUUGGCACACUUUGUUGGCUGUGUGCCAUUUCUUGAGCGUUGCUUGCCCCCUGAUUGGCUAACUCCCAUGUAAGUGGGCGUGGCCACUUCGAAGGGGUAGCCAGCCAACGGAGGGGGUGAAGGGAUGUGUGUGUAUGGACAGCUCAAUAGAAAUCAUAUUCUCUUUUUUAUAUUCAUUUAUUCAUUCAAUUCGAUUUUUCGUUAAUGUGUCCCAACAGUUAGUUAGGGGAACCCCAACAACAAGUAUCAUCCAAUCCAAAUCCUAAUAAAUAGCUCUAUAUUAA